AUGGUUAACAAGAGGCUAACAUGGUUCCUUGAGACCAACAGUAUUCUAAGGAGUAAAGAAGGAGGUUUUGGGCCACAACGAUCAACGAACCAACAAGUAGCCACUUUCUCCCAACACUUUAAAGAUGCUUUUGAUGCAAGAAAUAUUCUUUUGGCUGUUUUCUUUUCCCUUGAUGCAAGAAAUACUCUUACGGCUGUUUUCGUCGGUUUCAAAUCAGCAUAUGACUUAGUAUGGAAAGAGAAGCUAAUUGAAAACGCAAAGAUUGGUAUUAAGCAUAACAUGCUAAAUUGA